CUAAGAAUAUUUAAGAGCAUUGUUAUAAUCUGGCCUUAGAUUAAGAAUAAUUUAAGAGCACUAUUGAAAGAGUAUCUGAAUUGAAUAAAAUGUAUUGAUAUGAACUAAACAAUACCAAAACUAUGAAUGUCUGAAAUGAACAUUGUGUGCAUGAUAUGAAAUGAUUUGAUUAUGAAUUUAGAUUCAGUUUAUAUGGAUGUUCGACGCAUUAGAUAUGCUUACUCAGCUUUACCGCUGAGCGUGAAGCGUGUUAUAUUUGCUACACGCAGCACUUCUAACAACAAAAUCUGGUUAUUGUGGAAGGACACCUGCUUCAACUACAUAAACCACUUUGAAACAGAUCAAAUCCUCACUGCUCACCUAACUUACCACACUUCCAACCUGGAAGUCUUCAUUAGUGGCAUCUAUGGGAAACACGCCAUUGAAGAAAGGAAAGAUCUUUGGGGUUCACUCAUGGCUCACAGCAAAAAAGAGAAUCAGGCCUGGAUUCUUGGAGGGGAUUUCAACACCAUCACCUCUUUAGACCACUAUAAAGGCAAAAGCUCCCCCAAUCUUCAAGCCUCUAACCCCACCUUUAAUGGUCCAAGACCAUUCAGGUUCCUCAACUACUGGCCAAAUCACCCUACCUUUAAAGCUCUCAUAAGCAGAAACUGGGACAAAUACUCUGGAGGAGGCAUGAUGGGUCUUAUGAACAAACUGUUCAAUCUUAAAAAGGAACUUCACACUUGGAACAGGACCGUCUUUGGGAAUAUUUUCAACAAAACAAAAGAACUUGAAUCCUCAGUGCUUGAAGCAGAACUUCUUUAUGAUGAAAAUCCCACUACUGAAAAUAGAACACAUUUUCAUCAUAAAAAAGCACUACUUAUUCAAGCAACAAAUAAUGAGUUCUCCUACUGGAAGCAGAAAGCAAGCAUCAAAUGGAUUAGAGAAGGAGACUAUAACACCUCCUUUUUUCAUUCUCUUGUUAAAGAAAGAAGGAUUUCACAAAAGAUUCAUAAAAUCAGGUCUGAGGAUGGACAGUGGAUUCAAGACAAAGAUGACUUGCUUAAAGAAGCCAACUUCUAUUUCCAGCAACUCUACUCUAAAAAGGUCAGUGAAAAUACUGAGGAUUUCCUCUCACACAUUCCAAAACUCCUCACUGUUGAUGACAACAGUCUGCUCACCCAACUCCCUAAUGAGGAAGAAGUCAAAGAUGCCAUCUGGAAUCUGGACCCCCUAAGUGCUGCAGGCCCUAAUGGAUUCACUGGAGAAUUCUACAAAAGCUGCUGGGACAUUAUCAAGGAAGAUGUGGUAAAAGCAGUUCAGGAAUUCUUUCUAGGAAUCCCUAUUCCUAAAAGUUUGAAUGAAUGCUCCAUUAUCCUGAUCCCUAAGAAAGAUAAUCCCAUCACCUUUGAAGAUUUCAGGCCUAUUUGUCUCUCAAAUUUCAUAGCCAAAGUCAAUACCAAAGUUAUAUCUCAGAGAUUAAGAAACUUACUUCCUAAAUUAACCUCUGAGGAACAGGGUGGCUUUGUCGUAGGAAGGUCUUGGAUCAAUCCAUCAACCUACACAUAUCGUUGCUUGCUCGCCAAGAAAGGGAUCGGAGAAGGUCAAUCAACUUCUAGGCCACCACUCUUUGAUGGCACCAACUACUUAUAUUGGAAAGAGCGGAUGAGAAUUUAUAUCCCCUCAACCAACUUCCAAUUGUGGUUGGUCAUCAAGAAUAGCGAAGAAACGCCAAUGAAGAAGGUUGGUGAAAAACUUGUCCCAAAGACCGAGGACGAAUUUGAUGCCGAAGACAUCAAAAAGGUGGAGAACUACGCCAAGGCAAUCAACAUGCUGUACUGCGCGGUCAACCCCGACGAUUAUCACAAGAUCUCUUGCUGCACCACCGCCAAAGAAAAGUGGGACAAGUUGGAGGUCACAUACGAAGGUACGGACCAAGUUCGGGAAGCCAAAAUUGACUUCCGAACGCAGGAGUACGAAAUGUUCAGGAUGAAGGAAGGAGAAAAGAUCGAUGACAUGUUCGAUCGGUUCUCCAAGAUCAUCAACGACCUUCAUGCCCUCAAGAAGACUUACGCCAACAAAGAUCUCGUGAGGAAAAUCCUGCUGAGUCUUACACCCGAAUGGAGAUCAAAGGCCGAUGCAAUUUACGAAUCCAUCGGUGUCUCCAACGUUACCAUCGACGGGUUAAGAGGUAAUCUCAAAACUUAUGAAUAUACUAUUCUAACCCCAUCUUUUGAUGAACAAAAGAAGAAAGGAAUAGCGCUCAAAGCAACCAAAGAGACGGUGGAAGAAGUCUCAAGCGAUGAUGACAACGAGUUCGGACUCGUCAUCAAGAAAUUCCACAAAUUUAUGAAGAAGGAAUUUGAGCGCAAAGGAAGAAAGCACGACGGUCCCCCGAAGUGCUAUGGCUGUGGCAAGAUAGGCCACAUCAAGCCGAGGUGUCCAAAAGGCAAAAACGGAAAGGACAAACCUGGCUUCAAAAAGCAAAGAGCCUAUAUCUCAUGGGGUGGCGACUCCGGCGACGAGUCAACUGAUCAGGAAGAGGAUGAAGUCGCCAACCUCUGUCUCAUGGCACACGAAGACCACGCCGACGAAGUACAAGAGAUAUGUACCAUUUCUUCCGACUCUUACACUUUUGAAGAGAUGCAAGAAGCAGUUCACGAUGAAGACGAUGAAGAGAACACGGGAAUAUACACCAACACGCAGCUGCAAAUUGGGGAGAUGCCUCAAGCGACUAACCAAGGUGAAGAAGAAAAUCAAGAGGAAGAAGAAGAACAAAAGGAACAUGAAGAAGAAGCAACCGAGCUUCCCAUUGCAUGGAGAACGAACAAGAACCAUCCGCUUCACCAGGCCUUCUACUCCAAUCUCCGCCGGGACGAGGACACCAUCCGCAGUAGCAUCAAUCUCUACGACAUGGAGAUUGAUUUGCCUACCUUUGCUCGGGUCGCAGGGCUGCCCAUUUGCGGUGACGACAUCGCGACGUAUGGUGGCGACGAUUGGAUCCUCAACAACGAGGCCGUCAUCAUCCGUGAGCUCGGGAUCACCAACUUGAUCCGUCAUAGCGGCGCACCAACGAUUCACUUAGCCCCACCGGAGAAGCGCCUCCUCCUCUACAUCCUCACCCGGAUCCUCUGCCCCCGGGAUGGCAGCCACACCUUGCUAUUCAACGAGGACUUGAAGGCGAUUCAUGCGAUCAUGCACGGCGCCUCCAACAAUUGGGUGAAAUUCGUCAUGCUUCACAUGAUGGAUUGCGCUUCCAUCAUCAACGAGCGGAGCUUGCCGUACGCCUUCCUCGUCAUGGACCUCAUCGUCUCCGCCGACAUCCACAUCGUCGGGCCAAGCACGAAGAUGACAAAGCUUUGGAUCAUUGCCGAAAACACCUUCAAGAAGAAUGGACAGCAUGGGGCAGUACAUGGAGAGGAUGGACAAGACACUUCAACGCCAACACCACGACAUGAGGGCGUUCUUCCGCGGCAUCAACUACAUCCCGCGCCCUUCGACAGCACCAUCCUUGGCCAAAACUUUGAAGGCGAGGAUGAGGACGACGACAUCUACGCUCCGUCUUCCUCCCCCGAUGAGGCCGACUUUGAGGACGCGAUGGACGGCGAUCUCAUGGACGUCGAGGACAACGAGGAUGACGACGAGGACGACGAAGCCAACUCCUAGACUCUUUUUAUUCCUCUUCCAUUAUGAUUGUUCUUCUUUUAAUUUUCAUUCCGUUGUAUUCCGCAUUUCCCUUUUGUUUUAAUGAAUAAAAGUUUACUUU